GUAAUUUCUGUAUAAACAAACCGGCUCCAUAAUUUGAAUAGAUAAUGAAGCUGACUGCGGCCGCCGCUGUAAACAAGGGCUUACUUCUGUUACAUCAGUGCCGUGAGAUAAACGUGGCAGUCAUUCAACUAAGAUGACUUUGAAGUACCUGUCAGGUUUCGGCUCCGAGUUCGCCUCCGAAGACCCGCGGAGGCCGGGCGCGCUGCCGCCCGCGCAGAACAGCCCGCAGCGCUGCCCGUACGGACUGUACGCCGAGCAGCUGUCUGGUUCCGCAUUUACUGCUCCCCGGGCAGAUAACAAGAGGACAUGGUUUUAUAGGAUUCGUCCAUCGGUGAUACAUAAACCAUUCCAACGUUACAAUGAGGUCAAAUACUUGACCCAUAAAUGGGAUGAAGAGGACCCAGAUCCCAACCAGUCCCGCUGGCUACCCUUCGACAUCCCCUCGUCUCCCACGGACUUCGUCUCCGGCCUGCACACGGUGUGCGGCGCCGGCGACCCCCGAGCGAGACACGGCAUCGCCGUGCACGUGUUUACGUGUAACGCUGACAUGGUUAAUAGCGCUAUGUAUAAUAGCGACGGCGACUUUCUUAUUGUCCCUCAACAAGGCACGUUGAAGAUCACGACAGAGUUCGGCCUGAUGGAAGUGGCUCCCAACGAGAUCGCAGUCGUGCAGCAGGGCAUGCGGUUCUCAGUUGCCGUCAGUGGACCGACCAGGGGCUACAUCCUGGAAGUGUUCGACGGUCACUUCAAGCUACCGGACCUCGGGCCCAUCGGCGCCAACGGACUCGCCAACCCGAGGGACUUCCUCACUCCUGUCGCGCACUACCAUGAUGAGGAGAUACCUGGCUUCAAGAUAAUCAACAAGUACCAGGGCGCGCUAUUCGUGGCGGAGCAGGGCCACUCUCCGUUCGACGUGGUGGCGUGGCACGGCAACUAUGUGCCCUACAAGUAUGACCUCAGCAAGUUCAUGGUCAUCAACUCCGUGUCUUUUGAUCACUGUGACCCAUCAAUUUUCACGGUGCUCACAUGUCCGUCGGUGCGGCCCGGCGUGGCCAUCGCCGACUUCGUGAUCUUCCCGCCGCGCUGGUCCGUGCAGGAGGACACCUUCCGGCCGCCCUACUAUCACAGGAACUGCAUGAGCGAGUUCAUGGGCCUGAUCCUGGGCGCAUACGAGGCGAAGGAGGGCGGGUUCCUGCCGGGCGGCGCCUCACUUCACUCCAUGAUGACGCCGCACGGGCCCGACGCCGCCUGCUUCGCUGCUGCGUCGACGCAAGAACUGACGCCGCAGAAGAUCGCUGUUGGGACGCAGGCUUUCAUGUUCGAGUCUUCCCUGAGCAUGGCCAUCACCAAGUGGGGCGCGGAGACGUGCCAGAAGCUGGACCCCAAAUACUACGAGUGUUGGCAGAACCUGCCCAAACUCUUCUCUGAUAAAAUUAAUGUUUAAUUUUGUACUUCUUUGUUUAUGUAUAAGUUACGUGCCGUCCAUAGGUGCUCCAGUUGAAUUAUUAACGUGCCAUGUUUUAUAUUUUCUAAUAAAUGUUUACUUUCAUAUAAAUUAA